AUGACAAUGAUGAGCGUUUUGGCUAAUGCGCUCCGCUGCAUUGCGGGCGCAGAGCGCCGCGGCAAGCGCCAGGUUCUCAUCCGGCCUUCAUCGAAAGUAGUAGUGAAGUUUCUGCAGGUAAUGCAGAAACACGGCUACAUUGGUGAGUUUGAGAUUGUUGACGACCACCGUGCAGGGAAGAUCGUCGUAAAUCUCAAUGGGCGCCUCAAUAAAUGCGGGGCCAUCUGCCCUCGGUUCGACUGCACUGCUCGUGACUUCGAAAAGUGGGUGAAGAAUAUUCUCCCUAGUCGGCAGUUUGGCUUCGUCGUGCUCACGACGUCACUUGGCAUCAUGGACCACGAAGAGGCCCGUGCUCGCAAUACUGGUGGUAAAGUGCUCGGUUUCUUCUACUAA